AUGGCGUCUCUACAACACACAACCGCUUCACUCCACUCCAAACCCAUCCCCAAAGCCACAAACACCCUCACCCGAAAACCCAUCCUCAGCCUCUCCUUUUCCACCUUCACCCCAAAGCUCAAACUCUCCCUCACCAAACCCCGCCGCUCCACCGGCGGAGCCCUCGGAGCCACAAUGUCCUCCGCCGCCGCCUCCAACUACGCCACCGCUUUAGCCGACUUAGCGAAAUCAAACAACACCCUCGACGCAACCACCGCCGACGUCGAGAAAAUCGAGCAACUUUUCUCUGACCCCAAGGUGUUCGACUAUUUCUCCAGCCCAAUAAUCGAAGACUCCACAAAACGCAAACUCAUAACAGAGUUCGCCACCACCUCAGACUUCCAACCACACACAAUAAACUUCCUUAACAUCCUUAUCGACUCGAAGAGGAUCGAUCUCAUAAUCGACGUUGUUAACGAGUUUGAAUUUGUUUACAACACUAUAACUAAUACAGAGCUUGUGGUUGUGACUUCGGUUGUGAAGCUGGAGUCACAGCAUUUGGCUCAGAUUGCAAAACAGGUUCAGAAGCUUACUGGGGCUAAGAAAGUGAGAACUAAGACCCUUCUUGAUCCAAGUUUGGUGGCUGGUUUUACUGUCAGGUAUGGGAAUUCUGGCUCUAAGUUUAUUGAUAUGAGUGUUAAGAAGAAACUUGAGGAAAUUGCUGCUCAACUUGAUCUGGGUGAUAUCCAACUUGCUGUAUGA